AUGUUCUCGAAGCUCUCUACCAUUCUUGCUUUGGCCAUCUUCGCUGGCAGCUCUGUGGUCAUGGGUCAUCCCACCGAAUCUAACAUUGUCGGGCGCAAUGUCGACGCCAAAGAUUCCCUCUCGUUUGCUGACGAAGUCGACGCCAACUUCCCUGGCUGCGACACCACCCAACAAGCGACGCUGCAGCGCGCUAUCGACUUACUUCCAACAAUUAGGACCCCAUCCGGCAGCGAACGCUAA